AUGUGCGGGAUCCACGCGGUCGUUUCUCGCGAUGGCUUCCAGUCGCUGCCCCAAGACGUCAAGACAUGCCUCUGCAACCGCGGUCCGGAUCAUCUAGGCGAAGUUCGCUUUCAAACCCCAGGAGAUAGCUCUGUCUUUCUGACUCUCACCUCGACGGUUCUGGCUCUGCGCGGUGACCACGUCACCCAGCAGCCCUUUCGCGACGCGUCUUCUGGGUCUGUCCUAUGCUGGAACGGCGAAGCCUGGAAGAUUGCAGGGGAACGCGUCCAAGGGAACGAUGGAGAAGCGAUCUUUGCUUUGCUCACAGCGGCCAGUAGCCGCAGCGCUGAAGAAGAUGCGGUCUUGGAUGUACUGCGCAGCAUUGAGGGCCCAUUCGCGUUUGUCUACUUCGACGCGACUUCGUCCCGUCUGUUCUAUGGUCGUGAUCGGCUUGGUCGACGCUCGUUGCUACUCAAUGGGGAAGGAGAUAUCAGGCUAUCCAGCAUUGCUGAGAGCACUUCGUCAGCAUGGUCAGAGGUGGAAGCAGAUGGUAUCUACGUCGUAGACUUGGCGGCCUGGGACAGUGACUCCCUGAAGUCAAGCGCACCUCGCUCUUGGACGCCAGGCCAGACGGAGACGGUCCUCAACAUCGGAGUCUUCAACAUGGCACUCCCGCCAUUGGAUGUUCAACCACUGUCAGCCGUGUCACCGUCAGUGCAGGCAGUCAAACAGCAGAUGACCGAGUCGCUCAAGUUACGCGUCUUAAACGUUCCUGAACCCCCAGCCCAUGAUGCUGGCAAGGACACGCGUGUAGCUGUCUUGUUCUCCGGUGGGCUGGACUGUACAAUCCUCGCGCGGAUGGCUAGCGACUUGGUUCCAUCUGAUCAAGGCAUCGAUCUGAUUAAUGUGGCUUUCGAGAACCCUCGCCUAGCAGCGAAGGCUGACAGUUCUCCCGGUGCGUCGAGUCUCUAUGAGGCUUGUCCAGACAGAAUCACGGGAAGGAAGUCCUUUGCCGAGCUGACUGCUGUCUGCCCAGCUCGCAAUUGGAGAUUCAUUGCCGUGGACGUUCCGUAUCAAGAAGUACUUGAGCAUCGGAGCCAAGUGAUUUCUUUGAUGUAUCCCCAUAACACCGAGAUGGAUCUCUCCAUCGCCUACGCCCUCUACUUUGCCGCCCGCGGUAUCGGCAUGUCACAAAGUAGCCCGUCAGACCCCGCUGUCAAAUAUGCCACGCCAGCGCGAGUGCUUCUGUCCGGUCUUGGGGCCGACGAACUCUUUGGCGGCUAUGUACGGCAUACCACUGCAUUUUCACGGAGGGGCUACCCGGGCCUUCUCGAAGAACUCAAGCUCGAUGUUAGCCGGCUGGGCAAGCGCAACUUGGGACGCGACGAUAGAGCCAUGUCUCACUGGAUUCGGGAAGUACGAUUCCCGUUCCUCGAUGAACAGUUUGUCAAGUGGGCCAUCGAACGCCCGGUCUGGGAGAAGUGCGACUUUGCGUAUCCCGAAGGAGAUUCGGGGGUCGAUCCCGAGAAGCGGGUGCUGAGGCUUCUUGCAAAAGACCUUGGCAUGGGCGCAGUCGCCCAGGAGAAGAAGAGAGCGAUUCAAUUCGGCUCCAGGACGGCAAAGAUGGAGAGUGGAAAGACAAAGGGAACAACACUUAUUGCUCCAUGA